UUCCGUGUCGUCAAGCUCCUCCCGGGCCGUUCCACCAUUGAAUGCACAUUGCGUAUCGACAGCCUUCUGAGAGGAGCCCCAUCUGUUGGAUAUGAAGCAUUAUCAUAUGAGUGGGGAGACACCGAUAGUCCCAUGCACGAGAUCAUCCUUCAAGGGAAACGUUUCCGUGUACGAGAAAACCUUUGGAUGGCAUUGCACUCCCUGAGAGCGUCAAAGACGCUCUCAGCAGAAUUUUGGAUUGACGCUAUUUGUAUCAAUCAGGAUAACAUCAGUGAGCGAAAUCAGCAAGUCACAAUGAUGGGCGACAUAUUCCGCGAAGCCAAUACUGUGAGGGUUUGGCUGGGCGACGAUGGCCGAAAUGAACACGAAAGCAACGUUAAGGAUGCCUUUGAUCUAGUGGAAAAUUGUAUUCCCCCGUCAGAGGAAAGGGCUAAAAAACUGGUAUCCAAGGAGGCGACAGCUCAGAAGAAAUGGGAGGCCUUGGCAUUUUUGCUUGGGCGUACCUACUGGACUAGGCUAUGGAUCGUCCAAGAAUACUUGUCAGCUCGG